AUGAACUUAAGGGAGUACCUGGCCUGGCUGUACUACCAGUACCUGCUCAUCACCGGCAUCUAUGUCCUGGAGCCCUGGGAAAAGUCCAUCUUUAACUCCAUCCUCUUCUCCGUCAUUACCAUGGUGAUCUACACCUCAUAUGUCUUUGUGCCCAUCCACGUGCGGCUUGCGCUGGAGUUUUUCUCCGGGAUCUUUGGCGGGCAACCUGAGAGCACCAUGGCACUCGUGAAUUAA